AUGGAUUCCAGUCUCCUCCAGGCAAUUGAGGAAAUUGAGAAUUUUUUCCAGCAUCUCUCUGAGCGACAUACAAAAUGGGCAGAAACCCCAGAUGCACCAGAACCACAGAACUGUAUGCCUCUGACUGCCCAUGCUGAGGAGAGCCAACAUGAGUCAACCCGGAGCAAGACGAUGCCUCCCCUGGGGCCCACAAUGAUGACUUCUGCAUGCACUAACAUCCCUGGGACAGUUCUCACCCAGGACUUAACAAUGCACCCUCUUAAAGACCUUGAUAUGGCCCUUGAAGACCUAAAUGAGACUUAUUCCAUGGGCCAGAAAGUGACUUCCUUUGAUCAGAUAAAACACACAGCAGGCUCCCAGAUGACAGAUGUUACUGACACCCCAAAGUCAUCACCCACUGAUUGCCAGAAGACAGCCAUCACUGCAAGCAAAAUGACAAUCUCCAAUGAAAGUAACCAGCUGAACACCCCAAGUAGUGACCAGACCCUCACUGAGAGUCAGAUACCAGCCCUGCAUGGAGAACAGAUGAAGACCCUCAGUGAUAACCAGACUCUCUGUGGGGACCAGGUGACCUUCAGUAGUGACCAGAUCUUCACUGAUAGUCAUACAGUGACUUCCAGUGGCGAUGAGGCCCUCUCUGGGGGCCAGAUGACAACCAGCCUAGACCUCUAUGGAGGGCAAAUGAUGACUUCCACUGAUAACCAGACCCUCUGUGGGGAGCAAGUGACAACCACCACUGGUAACCAGGCCCUCUACAGGGAGCAGAUGACGACCUCCACUGGUAACCAGGCCCUCUGUGGAGAGCAGAUGACGACCUCCACUGGUAACCAGGCCAUCUGUGGAGAGCAGAUGACGACCUCCACUGGUAACCAGGCCCUCUACGGGGAGCAGAUGACGACCUCCACUGGUAACCAGACCCUCUACGGGGGGCAGAUGACGACCUCCACUGGUAACCAGACCCUCUACAGGGAGCAGACAAUGACCUCCACUGGUAACCAGGCCCUCUGUGGAGAACAGAUGACGACCUCCACUAGUAACCAGACCCUCUACGGGGAGCAGAUGACGACCUCCACUAGUAACCAGACCCUCUAUGGGGAGCAGAUGACGACCUCCACUAGUAACCAGACCCUCUACGGGGAGCAGAUGACGACCUCCACUAGUAACCAGACCCUCUACGGGGAGCAGAUGACGACCUCCACUAGUAACCAGACCCUCUACGGGGGACAGAUGACGACCUCCACUGGGAACCAGACCCUCUACGGGGAGCAGGUGACGACCUCCACUAGUAACCAGACCCUCUACGGGGGACAGAUGACGACCUCCACUGGGAACCAGACCCUCUACGGGGAGCAGGUGACGACCUCCACUGGGAACCAGACCCUCUACGGGGAGCAGAUGACGACCUCCACUAGUAACCAGACCCUCUACGGGGAGCAGAUGACGACCUCCACUGGGAACCAGGCCCUCUGUGGGGAGCAGGUGACGAUCUCCACUAGUAACCAGACCCUCUACGGGGAGCAGAUGACGACCUCCACUGGGAACCAGGCCCUCUGUGGGGAGCAGGUGACGAUCUCCACUAGUAACCAGACCCUCUACGGGGAGCAGAUGACGACCUCCACUAGUAACCAGACCCUCUACAGGGGACAGAUGACGACCUCCACUGGGAACCAGACCCUCUACGGGGAGCAGGUGACGACCUCCACUAGUAACCAGACCCUCUAUGGGGAGCAGAUGACGACCUCCACUGGGGACCAGGCCCUCUGUGGGGAGCAGGUGACGACCUCCACUAGUAACCAGACCCUCUGUGGGGAGCAGAUGACGACCUCCACUGGGAACCAGACCCUUUACGGGGGACAGAUGAUGACCUCCACUGGUAACCAGACUGUCUGUAGAGAGCAGAUGAUGACCUCCACUAGUAACCAGACCCUCUACGGGGGGCAGAAUAUGACCUCCAUUGACAACCAGGCUCUCUGUGGAGGCCAGAUGGCAACAUAUAGUGGCAACCCGACCCUCAAUGGGGACCAGAUGCUGACUCUUCAGGUGGGCAAUAUGACAAUGCUCACUAAUGACCACAGCCUUUAUGGGGGAUAUAUGAUAUCCCAUCAGUUCUCAUCAUUGCCACACCCAGGAUUCCCAUGCUUUUCAAGUUCCCAUUUGAUUCAAGGACAAGUUCCAGAAAAGCAGAAGACACAGAGCUGCCAGUUCUGGAAGAAUCCUGAGGUUUCGAGGCCCUACAUCUGCACUUACGAGAACUGCAAGAAGUCUUAUAAAAAGGCUUGCCACCUCCGAACCCAUAUGCGCAAGCACACCGGGGAGAAGCCCUACAUAUGCGAUGUAGAAGGAUGUACAUGGAAAUUCACCCGCUCAGAUGAGCUCAACAGACACAAGAAAAGGCACACUGGGGAACGGCCUUACCUGUGUUCAAUAUGCAACAAGAAUUUUGCAAGAUCUGAUCACCUAAAGCAGCAUGCAAAGGUCCACAAUGUUCACCCAGGAUUAUGA